GAAUGCACCGCUGAGUGCUCACCGAGCAAAGUCUUUCGUUGAACAAAAUUACACGUUUGUGGACUUUGAAACUGAAACGCAUGAGUGAAAAAUGGCCAACUACACGGUUGUGUUGGAGGGUGGGUCACCCUGGGGCUUCAGGCUCAAAGGAGGUAGGGGAACAGGAAUACCUUUGGUUGUUUCCAAGAUCAACCCUGGUAGUAAAGCGGCAGUCGCUAGCAUCCACAUCGGUGAUUCAUUAGAGAAGAUCAACGGGCAACCAACCUACAAGCUUGACCAGCAUGAUGCAUUGAAUCUUAUACGCAAUACAACCGCACAACUGGCAUUAGUUCUUUCAAAACCACCUCCAUUAAAUGGUCCACUAAUCAUCAACAACAACAACAACAUGUCGGCGCAGACCAGUUCAAAUGUUACAGAAAUCCCAGCCAAACCCGUUGGUAUUGGCCGGGUGCGUAAAUCAUCACGAGGGGCGGAGAUGUUCUUUGCACGUCAGGCCGAGCAGGGUAUUGCGAGGGACCCAGAUUCACCCGAUGAGCCGCCACCCCCACGGAUGUUGACCAACAACAACCAGUACCCUACCUCCCCAACGUCCCCCACCAAGCACCACCCCAACAACAACAACCCUACCUCCCCUAAGCACCAGAACUACUCGCAGUCACCCCCGAAGCAGGACACGUACUACCAGCCGGUGCGGCCGCAGAGAGCAGACUCCGGUCCUGAUCAAGAUUCCUGGCCGGCACCUCCACCACCGCUGACUAGUAUUGACAGUAAACCUCAAUAUGCUGGGGCACCACCGCCUAAUCCAGGUUGGUCACCACCAAUGCAGCCCAACCCAGUCCUGUACCAGCCAACAGAGAACAAGAGUCCAUCAGCGUGGACCCCAGCCUCACCCAACAUCAAGCCGGUCAAGGAGUUCAGACCGGUCAAGUUGGACCUCAAUUCAGCUCCUAAACCAUGGAAGGCUGCUGGUGCACCUCAGAUUGAGAGAACCAAUGAACCAGCGCCGACCUCCUCAAGCCAACCAUCAACCUGGCAAUCCCCGCUGCCCCAACGGUCUACCCAGCAGAUCGGACCAGUAACAAAUGGUGAACUGCACCCUAGUAAUGAGGCAUUGGGUAGCCCCUAUAGGCCAGGCGACCCUCAGCAUGACCAGGAUAGAUACAACCCUGGCUACCGUCCCAAUGAACCCCAGCAACGUCAACCCCUUAGCCCCCAGGAGUCCAGGAGGCCCGAGUUUAGACCCGCUCCGGAAGGGUAUAGCAGCGGGCUUCCACGGUCAGUCAGUCCAACUGUGACAUUACUGCAGUACCAGAGAGAGCGUGACAAGGAUGGACGGAGCCAGGCUGAUUACAUCCCACCAGAUAAAUCUCUCAUGCCGCCAUCAUCUUUAUUAGCGCCCUCUGCUGUGGCAAAAGAGCCAGCCGUAGCCAAACCCUUGCAUGCUGGCUCGAUCGUGUCAGUCGUUACUGAUCCCAAUGAUCUUCCAGAAGGAGCGGUGUACCAGAAGCAGAUCGUCGACGGUGACGUCAUCCACACGGAUACCUACUACCCGGUCAAGACUAGAGAAGUCACCAAGAAGACCACUCAUAAAGAAGCACCCCACUAUGAGGGCAUUGGACCCCAGGAUGAAUCUGGACUGCCUGUUGGACUCAGAGCGCAUGUUAAGGAGGAAAACAGGCACGACUGGUAUAAAGAGAUGUUCAAGACCAUCCAUAAACAGGAUAGGCCAGAGGAUGAUAUAGACCUAUGUUACAUGGAUGCCUUGAUGAAAGAAGCUAAUACGUAUGAACCAAGCUACCAUUUCCCGGAUGAAGUGGCUUGCAAGGACAAUGAUGAUAAUGUCUUUGAAGAAGAGAGACCUCCUGGCAAAGACCAGUGGAGUCAUGACCCGACUGUGAAUUCAUCACCUCCAACAUCACCCCCACAAAGACAUGUCUCACCAAACACCAGUGCUCGCAAUACUAUCGAUCGUUACCACCAGCAACCUCGCAGCAUUAUUGACUACGAACCAGGCACUUCAUCACUGGCUGAGAGAGAUAAAUCGCCAACUUCUCACUUGUAUAACCCACCAGUAGAACCAAUAACUGCUGUACAAAAUACAAAGAGGAGUACCACCUUACCGAGAGAUUUUGCUUCCUUUAAUCAAGUACCAGCUGAGUCUCCGUCAUCGAGACACGCCUCCUACAACGAACCCCCUUCCAGAAGCCCUAAACGAGGCACGAACGCAAGCGUUUUCUCUACUAACCCUAACCCUAAUAACCAAUCUGCAUCGGAUGAUUGCUUAUUCAGACUAGGCUAUUCAGCCAGUCAGAGCAUAUUUUCUCGUAGAUCUGUACACCAUUUACAAAAACCACCCUGUCAGGAUUUGGUCUUGGAUAGCAACACAGAAUUUCCCCCUAAAAUGUUUGCUGAACAAAAGAUAAAUGCUUGUUCAGGUACAGAAACUAUUCAUACAGGUUUCUUGAACCAAUCAUCUCAAGUCAACCGAACCCCAAAACAGGAAAAAAUCAGAGUGAACACAUUCAUAGAUGAAGGCUAUAACUACAAAUGUUUCACUGGCACUUCCUCAAAGAGUAAUAAUGAAAUGUCACAUUCCAAGCCCUGCUUUAAGCCACCACCUGGCGUCUUCAGAAAGCCCCGUUUAGAUUUAGGAGGUGCUCCCACCCCUGUGCGGCCAAAUGGAGCAAUCCAGUCUGAACCAGAAGCCAACAGCAAUGUGUUGAGCCCAUGUAGACAUUCCAUUCAACAGCAGGUAGAUAAUAAUGACAAUGAAGGAAGUAACCAGUCGCCUUCAAGGUUUGGUCCUAGAGGAAUGGCAGAUGGAUGCCCAGGGGUUGAGCAGACUAUCCAUUCUGGAACAGCUUGUGUUGUAAAUGAUGACAAUCAGGUGAAGUGUCUUGACGAUGAUACUGGAGAGAUUGUUCAGUCUCGUUGCCUUCCUCGCCCUACAUCAUUAUUUGAGCCAUAUUCAUUAGAAAGGGAGCAGAAGCGAAGUUCCAACCAACCCUCCUCUGCCUCGCCAAGAAGUGAUGGGUUUACUCCCGACCUUUCAUCUCGCCCCAGAUCGGAUGUGAGAUCAGCAAGUGAUGCAGAGAGGAGUUCAUUUUCAAUGGACUCUCAGAGUGAUCGGUCAGGCCGCUCUGGCGACGAUGAUGAAUGGGGGGCACACAGACCAGGAUCCGUAAGCCCAGACCAGCUGGUUGCAGAAGGGGAGCAGAAACACAAGAGAAGUAGAGUGGAAGUCAAGCAUCAGAAACUCAAGCACAUCAAGAAGCAUCGCUCAGAGAGACGUUCACCGAAGGAUGAUCAUGAGGAUAUGGUUCCAUACAGUGAGAGGCCCAAUGCCAGGAACUUUGCACCCAUGGAGAAUAGACGGGCCAUCUCGGCUGAGAACCUCUCCAUGGCUGUUAAGUCCCCCGCUUUCAACCAGGAGUCAUACCAAAAGUACGCCACAGGACUCAAGAAGGCCAGUCAGCAGUCAAAGACCUAUGAAGACCUUGUCCAAUUCUACUCCAAGAUAAAACAGCACCUAGAGAGUGAGGAAAAGGCAAAAGUAGAAUCCAUGAAAGAAAAAUACAUGCCUAAACCAGCUCAACUGGAAGUGUUUUACAGAACUCUGCAGUACUACUCAGAGCUGGAGAUGGCGAUUGAGUGUGGAGAGGAUAUGACUGAUAAGGCAAAGCAUGAAAGCUUCCGCUGGAACAUGGGAAGCGAUGUAGGCCUCAAGAAGAGAGAAAAGGACAUCUUUGAGUUGUAUGACUUUUAUGAGAAGCUAGAGCGUGGUGCAAUUGGGACACCUACAGGUGAAGAAAGGUUAGAGCAGAUACGAAUGAAGACAUAUCUUCAGAAGGCCAAAGAACUAGAAACAAGACAGCUACGGGUGGGCCAACUCUACAGCUGGUAUGAAAAUAUGGACUCCAAGGGAAGCACUACACCGUCCUUUGCUAACAGUCAAGUUGCAUCUCUAAAAGAUUUUGAUAGCACAGAUGGUCAGUCUGAAGAGGUUGGAGGUGGAUUACCCACAAGUUACUCUCCCAGCAGCUUUAAAACUAACGUCACAGAAAGUCGAGUGCCAAGCCUAGAUCCCAGCUUAGCAGAUCUGGAAGCUCUUAUUCCCAGGGUUCCUUUAGUUGAUCCUCCUUUGGAGAGCUUCCAAAACACACAUCAACCACUAGGAAAAGCAAGUACACUGCCGCGCUUGUAUUCCAAGAAAUCAAAUCGCACCUAUUCUCCUGUCCCGAUGCCGUCUUUUGAGCUGAGCAAGUAUGAAAAAUCAAAGGCAGAUGACCAGAUGGACAUAACGAACAGCGAGGCAGAAGUGAAAAGGGAGGAGUUUAAUUCAAGUCUCUCUGAGCCCCCAAGAAGCUGGGACAAAGGAGAUACUCUACCUGGUCGUAAAACUCCACCGUUUAUGGUUACCGGUAGACCAACACCAGUCACACGUAGGAAGAGUUUUGACAAGGCAAUUGAAGGCAAAGAUCAACAGCAAGAGGAAGUCAAGAGGACAGGUAUUAAUGAUGGUCCAAGUAACAGUGUGCGGAAAGGACCAGGACAUUUGAGUGAUCUUGCAAGUGUACCUGUAAAUUCAAGUCAUGAGGGUGUAGCAGGCACUCCUCCUGCCUCUCCAAGAGAGGAAGUUGUGAGACCCGGAAGCCCUGAAGCAAGAGCCCCUCCAAAGCUUCCUGAGAGGUCAAUGUCUACAGGUGUCCUUGGGAUAACACAUGUCAUUGGCCCAACUUACAACCCAGGCCUUGGAAGACUUCAACGAUGGAAUAGGGCAGACCUGUCACAGAUCGAAGAUGAGGACUUAACACCAGUCAAGGAGGUUCCAUCACCUGCAGAGUCAAGAAGUAGGGCUCCCCCAAUAGGCAAAGUAGGGAAAAUGCAGUCGGAAUCAUCCCUGCCAACGGCUGCUAGAGGUGCUGGGAAAUCACUUGCAAAGAACGGCAUGAAGAAAUUUGCAGAGAGUCAGAAUGAGCUGAGUUCAGGGCCUAGUUGGGGAGAUUUCAAUUCGAGCCCACAGCCGUUUAAGCCUGUGGGUCAUUUAGGCUGGCAGCGGGAUGACACUGAUCGGGAAUCUAGUCUGGCUUCCUUUGACCUGGAGCCGAUGGACGACCUUACAGAGAAUGAUGGUGUUGAUACCCGUUCUAUGACCUUUGACCCCUUUGGUAGAGUUUCUCAUCGUGAUAUGCCGACACCUGAAAGGAUUAACACGCAUCAAUUUCAUAGUGCGGCAACAUCUGAAACAUCUUCUGAUCAACAGUUCAAAGGGCAAUCUUUGAAUGACUCUUCCUCGUUGCUUGACCACAAGUCUAAAAUUCAGCUGUUUGAAGAGAAAAUUGUUGAGCAGAGCAGUGGAAUUGAGCAUCAACCCGUACCGACUCGAGAGUUGAGGAAUUUUCGCGAUGAUGUCAAGCCACAACCAUCACUAGUUAUCCCUAUAAGGACCACAAGUGAGAAUCAGGUCACUAAGGUGUCCAGCAAGGCACAUGGUGGCUUGGUUAUUGGAAUCUUCAGUAAACCACAGCCUAAACAAGAAGAGCCUAAACAAGAGGAGCCACCAACCAUCUGGCCACCGACUCCGUCACCUCAGUUGGGAUUUUACACACCUCCUGGAGAGUCCAGUUUGACCCAAUCACUGCCCCGGAACUUCCAGUUAUGGAGUGAUCAGAGCAAGGGCAAUAAGAUACCCUUGGAGGGUGCAAACCUCCUUCGUAAUACCUCAGCCAGUGCUGACUGUGCUGGAGUUGAUUGGAGUACAGGCGAAUCUUUGAAAGUCAUCAAGAGGUACGCCUUCUCAACAGAUGAGGUUUACGAGGAGCACACACCUGUUGUGUCAAGAAAUGUCAGCCCUGUGCCUCCGAGCAUGCUCAGGAAUUACUUGGUUAGUGAUUCUCUUGACUCGACUGUUAGUGACAGAACCAGAAUAGCCUCACCUGAUAAACCACACCAGUACACUACAGAGGAGUCUACUUACUACCACAGCAGCCCAGUCAACAGGCACAACAGGGACUCUGAACAAGCUAGGCAAACUCAAAAAGGACAGAAUACCCUCUUAAUGAAUGCACUCCCUCUUCAGAAUCUGGAUGCGAUCAAAGACGAUCGCUCUGAGUCAACACAAGAUGCUUACACUCCUUCUUGCUCCUACUCGCCAAGUUCUACCCCUAGCCAGGACUACACGGAUGAGAUCUCCUUCACGCUGAAUCAGUUUUACUCUCAGAAUGACACCUCACAAGGCAGCACUCAAAGGUCACAGUUAGAUGCUACUCCAGGCAACUGGGCAGAGCCAGAAUCAGAGAAUGUCUUCUUCUGGGAUACGUACAUUCCUGAGAAGUAUGACAGUAAAACAGCAUCGCCUAAACGCAGCCAACAGCAGAAAAUGAGAAACUUGGAUUCUACAGAACAUUCACGGACUGGUAACCGCACCCCAACAGGGGAUUGGGUGGAGUCUUAUAGCACCCUUCAGGCUUUGUCCCCUGAACCACCUGAAUGUGAAGAUACAUCAAGUCCCUACUAUCAGCCACACCCUAAUCCUACCAAAUACUCCAAUCACACAACUUCCGAACAUCCACAACAAAACAAAAACACCAGGUCAAAAGUGGUUACACACAGGACAGAUUCACCUUCCCAAGGGAAAGUGGCCACAAUACCCCAGUCAAAAAAAGCCUAUCCAGUUCCCCCUCCCAAAUAUCCACGGGGACACCCUGUAGAUAAAUGGCACAAUCCGGUAGUUGCAAGCGGGUAUCAGAGUCCCAGGCCACCUCCAUUUUAUCAAGGGGACGCUUUGGCCCCUCAAAAGUCUUCAACCUUGCCGCAGCAGAGGAAAAGCCCUAGAAUGAAAGAGGAGCCCAUUCGUUCAUCUAGCAGGCCACAGUCUUCUACUUUGCCUAGAGCAAAGAGCAAGCCUCGUCCCGAUAGUAGCGGUCUAUCCGCGGCCGAACGCCUAGGCAUCAAGAGUCCACCCCCUCAAAGGACUCAAUCAACAGGGUCUAAACCAACGAGACACUCAUCUGGAAGUGAUAAGAUUUAUAACUACAGGGAUCCACCUCCUACACUAGACAAGACAAAAGCAGAGAGAUUGAUUGAGGAAGAGAGAAAGAAGAAGGAACGUCUGCAGCUGGAGGAUCAGCAACACAGACGACACUCUGACUACGCACCGAUCAAAUCACCAAUCAUUACUAACGAAAGAUUCAACGAUCCAAUCAUCAGCUCCAAGGAAGGCCCUCAACCUGGACGCAAACAAGAGGUCAAGGCGUGUGCUUUAGCUUUAUAUCCAUUCAAGGCUCAGUCCCACAAGGAGUUGAGUUUCGAUAAAGGAGACACAAUUUACCUUCUACGGAAAAUUGACAAGAAUUGGUACGAGGGUGAGCACCAUGGCCAUGCUGGAAUCUUCCCAUCCAGUUAUAUUGAGGUUGUCACAUCACUUGAAGAUGCCAAGAAGGCCCAGCUUCAGGGUCCAGGCCUGGAAGGUAAAGCUAGAGCCAAGUAUAAGUUUUCGGGAGAAACACAGACGGAACUCAACUUCAAUAAGGGAGAAUACAUUGAGCUUGUCAAAAAGAUUGAUGCUAAUUGGUGGGAGGGGCGUAUUGGAAAUAGAAAAGGAAUCUUCCCUUCUGCCUACGUGGAAGUACUGCGAGAACCUACUGGUGCUAUAAGUCCACCAGCUGUAAAGAGCCCCCCUCCCACUGGCCACGCCCCGAUCCAGCCCUUCAGCCAACAACCGCUUAAAUCCAGUCCACCCAUCCAGAAGAUGGCCCAGACUCUCCCUAGUAAAGGAAGUGGGAGGUCAUCGUUGGGGUCAGCAGGAAGUCAAGGGUCAUACGGGAGCAGCCAGAGACAACCUGACCGAUACUUUGAACAGCGAUCUCAAAAGCCAAGUAAGACCCUCGCAGCCGGCCAAGAUUUCUUUGUUGCUUCCUUUGCCUACGCACCCCACAAUGAGGAUGAAAUUGAACUGCAGGAGGGGGACUUGGUGAACGUUCUGGAGAAAUGUGACGACGGUUGGUUCGUCGGGAUGUCGGAACGCACCGGAAUGUUCGGUACAUUCCCCGGCAACUAUGUGUACAAAUAUGAAUCAUGAGGAGAUUGUCAUCCCUAAUGGUAGACUAGAGAGAACAGCGUCUGAAUGUUGCACAAACCAUAAAGGACAGACAAACCCACUUACUCAUCCUGAAAUGAAAUCAGCAUUACAACAUGGGAGUUCAAAAUUCAAGGGUCACAUAGAAGGAAAUCAUCCACACCUUUUAGAAUGUCUGCAACGGUUAACUGGUAUUCUGGGUCAUAAUGUGUAUGAUAUGUGUUUUGAGACUUGAGUACCGGUGCAUCGCCCCCAUGUGGACAUCCAGUGACCUGCCGGUCCCAGUCAAGUUGCAAGUCUACAGAUAGAAAUCAAUCGCUGUUUGACAUUCAGCAUCACCUUCGACGUGUUAAUCAUUUAGUGAUACAAUCAUCCUAGGUGUCCCAUGGGUGUUUGGUACAAAAGAUGUUUGCAGGCAGAGACUUGGGUUUCAUCCUUAAAGUAGAAUUAUUAUAGGAAAUACUGAUGAUUCAAAUAUUUGCAACUUAUGGAAACUAAUCUCUGUAUGGGACACUGACUUGGCCAAAAAUUGCUAAGCACAAUAUGAAAUUAAGCAGAAAUACCUGAAAAGCAUUCAAUGAAUGACAACCAGUCCCAAAUUUCAAAGAGCUGCGUAAGCAUACAAAGUUUCUAAGCGAAACAAAAUUAUGCUUUCCAGAAUAAGGUUACCAGCCAAAUUGCCAUGCCACAAGUACAAAUUGUAACUGGUAUCCUGCUUAUUUUUACUUAGCCGUAUUUUCUGAUUAAGCAGCUCUCUGAAGUUGGGCCCUGAUGUAGUCAUCCAAUUUUUGAAAGACACCAAAUCAAAAUUAUCUGUUGGACAGUUUUGUAUCUUUGACAUUAAGUUUUGAUAUGAAAAAGAUGCAAAACUGAUUUCUGGUGGAAACUUUCUCAACAGGAAUUGUCUGUUAAAAUGACUGCUGAGAAUUCAAUAUGGUCAUUCCAUCAAUUAAUUUAUAAGAUUCAGGUUGACCCAUGACCUGGGUUCAAUUUCAUCUUGCUGCCUACCACAGCAUUCUACGCUUUGAUUCUCUGGCCACGAGGUCAGCACUGAAGACCAUAGAAAGGUCUUGUAUGAAAGUAGAGGUUUUAAAAGACGCUGACAGUCUGCUCGGGGUAAUUAUUCAGAUGUGUUGUACAUUUGUAAUUUUAACGACCUUCUGUUUUUGUCAUUUGGAUUAGCUGUUGUCGAGUCCAAGCUGCGUGACUUCCGUUUUUCACAGGUUACUUAUGAUGAAGUGCCUUACUGCGUGUGUGUGCUACAGUUUAAAAAAGAAAAAUGAAGAAGAAGAAAAAAGGCAAUGCCAAAAAUAUUUUAAAAUUAACAGUACAGAUGAAGGAAUUUGUUUUGGUCAAAUGGGAAGGAGGUAGAGUUUAUCAUCAGUAUGUAUAUAGCAUGACAUUUGUAGCCGGAUUUCUGCUAAAAAAAAUAGACUUAAUCUGUUUUUAGGACUUUUCUUCUGUUACAGAAGUGUAAGGGUUCACUCUCAAAUUGAGUGUUAAUUAGUAACUUUAUCAGAGUUCGGCAUCUUUAUGCUUCCAAGUGUGGUUCGGCGGUCAAUAUUUUCUUGUGCAGCAUUAUGUCAUGGGCACUUUUGCGAAAACAUUAAAGAAGUAAACAUUUAAGAAGUCUAUGCGAAUUAACACAAGUAAUUUAAAAUAAGUUUAAUGCUUUCAAAUGAAGAACACUGCACAAAAUAUAGAAGAAUUUAAUGAAACAUAUAUUUAAUAUAAAUUAAUGGCUAGAUAAUUUUCGUUUUUAAACCAGUUAGUGUAUUCACAGAUAUGAAAUAUAAAUUUGUUAUUUACUAACUGAGAUUUAAUGUUGUAUAUUGUAAACAGGAGGGGAGGACAGAUAGUUUAACUUUUUUAAAGUGGAAAGAAGUUUGUGUUACAGAUAUGAAACAGAUUAUGCUAUAGAUAUGAGACUAAUUUGAACACUAGAUGGCAGCAGACUUACCAACCAAAUGCAUUGUUCUCGGAGUGCAUUCGUGUGUGUACAGAAUGACAUGAACAAUGAAAGUUACCUGGGAUGUACUCUGCCACAUGAGCAAUGUUUAUGUAACUGAAUGGGAGACAGUGGAAAUGUGAGAUGACAAGAAUUUCACCAUGUUUUGUAGUUGUUUGUAAAAUCCUUUGCGAGCAAUGAAGUGUGUAGACAAUGUGAAAACCAGGUAUAUCUUCUUGGCAUUAAAGACACUACAGUAUCGAGAACGUCUGUAGAUGUUAAAUUCAGUUAACAUAGUGCAGGAAAUCAACUUGAGACAAACAAUUGCAAACUUUUAACAAGCGAACUUUUAGAAAAAGGAAAAAUUCAUGGCGACCUUUAAACAAAUUAUCUUCAGAAAAAGGACAAAUUUGUGGCGACCUUUUAACAAAGUAUCUUCAAAAAAAUUACAAAUUCGUGGAGACCUUUUACCAAAUUACUUCAAAAAAAAAAAAAAAUUCGUUGGGAAAUUAACCCACCCCUAAUAAGGGCUUAUGCUCCUCAUCACUUGUACUAACCAUUUCAAGGUGAAUGGAACAGAUUUGAAGGAAGUACAUAUAUAAACACCACCAUGUAAAACUUUCAAGACGUUCCUAAAGCAAUCAGUCAGCAAUUCUGAUUUCUCGUGAUCAACACAGCUGGUGAAAUUGUUUCAGACGUUAUCAGCCAUAUGUGUUUAUUUGUGUGAGAUGAUUCAGUGAGAGCUGUAACCGCAAGCAGAACGCUAUCACUUGGAUCUUACUCGAGGAUCGCUUUGGAGUUUGAUGAUAGUAGGUUCGGACAGUUCUUAUUAGCAUCACUUGUUAUGCUUUAUUACUUUAGCUGGUUUCGACUUGGAAGAAAGGGUUGAAGUUCAGCAUUUAUGGGGUAAACCAAGAUUUCAGAACUGAAUGGGAUUUGGCAGUUGAUUAGGUGAAAAAUUGCAAGGAAUACAAAGCUUCAAGUGAUUCGGAUUAUUUGAGGACUGGAAAUUAAAUGCUUCAGUACAGAUUUAUUGUUAAAAUGAUAUUUCAAAUUUACUUCUCUCAUUUCAUUCAGUUUUUCCGGCAUUAUACCACUCCUAAGUGAAUGGACAUAAAUUAAUUUCAAGAUACUUCUCAAGUCUUGUUUUCACAAGCUGUUGUUUUUCUAUAGCCACAUUGACACAUUUGUGACGCGUCCAACAAAUGGUUCCUUUUUAAAUUAGAUGUCUGGUGCCCUGCUAAAAGAUACAUAGAAUGCUUAUUGAUUUUGGCAGGUCAUCAUAUGAUGAAGUCUGAUAAAGCAAGAUGUUCUCUAGUUAGAAGGAAAUGGCUUCUGGCUUAGCAUAUCAUGUGAAUGAAGAGAUACAAGGAGAUGGCAAAUUGCAUCAAGCAGUCAAAGACCUAAAAUUCAUCUUCACUUGCGUCACGUUAUGAAUGUACUUCUUACCAGGAUCACUACAUAUCCUUAAAUCUACAAAUGGCUGUUAACCUACAAAACCUACACAGCUGGUAAAAUGUUAAAAGUUUAAUCGUGCUAAGCAUGUUUCCUGGUAACCUGGAAAACAUCAUACAACUUGCGCACUAUUGCAGGUUUUCUAAUUAAAAUUGCCCAAGAGAGCAGAGUUAUUUUCGUCUUUAAUAUUUUUCUCCUUUUAACCCCUAACCAAGAGUUGGGGCAAUAUUGCAUGUUAAAAAUUGAAGGAAAAAAUUAAGGUAUUUGCUUAGCACAGUAAUGUGGUCCGACUUCUUUGAAAUUGGCACCUGGUGUUAUCCAUGGGUUUGACAUUCAGUUGUAACACUUUGACAUUAAGAUAGACGGUAUGUCUUGAGUUCAAGCACUGCUGGGCCUCGCUAGGGAUCAGCCCUGCAUACCCCGUUUAUCAUCUGUGUUAUACAGAUGGAAAGCUGGCAGAUGUUAUACCGUGUCAGGAAUGGAUAUGUGAUAAGCCUACACACGACAUGAGAGAUGGAUUUCCGCUAUCUUUUACCCAAAUGUUUCCAGCGUACAACAUACUCCAACUCAAGACUCGUUGAGUGGAUUUGUUCUUGUCCAUAAAACAUAUUCGUUCUGCUCAACUGCAGUACAGUCUUGAGCUUCCUUUAAAGGCACUGGACACAUUUGGUAAUUUUUAAAGAAUAGUAUUGCUUUAUUCAAACACAUGCAUAAAUCAACAAACCUGUGAAUUCGGCCAUCAAAGUUGCAAGAAAAUAAUAAAAGAAAAAAAACCAUUGUUACUCAAGUCUGUGUUCUUUCACAUGCCUAAUGAAAGGCUUCAGGCCUGAAGUCUCAAUAUUUCAGUGAGAAUUUGCCCCUUUCUCAAAUACUACAUCACUUCAG